AGUAAAGAAACUCUGGGAAUCGAGUUUAUCCUGGGAAACGAAAGUGAAAAUGUUGCACGGUCAGCUAGACUAGAAGUGCUUUGCCGCUAUCCCGCAAAAUGGCGGAGCGAGCGAGGAUGUGCUCUUUUCCUGUGCUGCUGCAGGGAGCCUGGGGGAGCCCCGAUCCCCCUAAAAUUGUGAGAAACAAAAUUCUCCGCUACUUCCAAAGCCGCAAAAAGUCGGGUGGUGGAGAAUGCGAGAUCCAGAAGCAAGGGGGGCAGAUCUUGGUUUGCUUUGCCCAGGAGGAAGUGAGACAACGAGUUCUGUCCCAAAAGAUCCAUGAGCUUGACUUGGCAGGAAAAGGAACACUAAAGCUGGAGGUCUCCCUGUAUGAAACAACAGACAGAGCUAAGGAUAAUGCACCUAAGAAGGAAGUAAUUUCUAAAAAGGCUCUGAGAGAAGAAGGCCAAGCAAGAGAGAUGGUGCAACAAGACUGCCAAACAAAGAAUGUUACCCUAACAAGUGGGCCAGCUGGGGAAGCCCCACAUGCUGAGAAGAAUAUUCUUGACUAUCCUCAAAAAUCUUCACAAGUAGUUCUUGAAAAUGUUGAAGAAAAUAUCCACUUGGACACAUUAACACUACUGGUAGAUAACAUCAGUGAUCUUUCGGGAGAUAGUACCUUCCAUAUUGAACAGAUAAAUGAGAAGAAGGCUGCAGUAGUAACCUUUCAGCAAAGCACUGCAGCUGCAAAUUUUCUCAAGCAAUGUUCCACGAGCCACAGAUUCCAGCAGUACAGACUUACAGCCAGACCUCUCGAAUUGACUCAUAUAAUCAAAGUGGAGAACAUCCCAACUGCAACAUCCAGCGAAUUCCUAACUCUCUACUUUGAAAGUCCAAAACAUGGAGGAGGACAGGUGUGUGAUAUUCAGAUGUUACCCUCAGAAGAUUCAGCUCUGGUUACAUUUGGUGACUGUCAAGCUGCCCUGAAAGCAUUGAAAAAGCAGCACUCAUUAAAUGGCCAGUCAGUCCUGGUUUAUCCAUUCUACAGUUCAUUGGAUACAGUUUUGUAUGGAAAGGAGAAGCCACAGAUCAAGAUGCCAGAACCAAUCAGCGUUCCUUUAGAUGCUUAUAUAUGGCAGUUUCUACGAGGAAAGUGUAAAUUAAUUCAAGAAAUAGAGAAAGAAAUGGCCAAUUGCUUCUGUGAAUUAAUAUGGCCGCAGGCAACUUGUGAGCAACCAAAAGUCGUACUGUCUCCCUCAGCUAUCUUAGCUAAACAAGGAAGGUCCGUAAAAGAAUUGGUUAGGUCUUGGAAAGAUAAAGUUUCUAUGGAGUUUGCACGCAUCCUGUCAAAAUUCAGGACAGUUAAAUGCAAAAUCAUUCCGGAAACAUGGGAGACGAUUGAAAACAAUUUGUUAAAAAAUGUGUUGGCUGUGCCAGAUGACUCCAAAAAUUGUGUUACUCUAGCUGGUUUUGUAUUCACUGUGAAUAGUGUGGAGAAAGAGUUGCGGGAAUAUGUAGAACAUUUGAUCAGGGAUGCUGAAAUGGCUGGCCAAACAUUACAGGAAACGUUGCCAAUUUCCCCAGUGAAGUAUAAAGUUCUGCAGCAGAUCUUGCUAGAAGAGAAUAUCCGUGAAGAAAACACUGGACAAAAGUGGUGCUACGAUGCUUCAGCAAAGCAGUUGCAACUGAAUGGAAUAGCUACAGAGGUUUACAAAAUGAAAAGUGACUUACUAGAGAAAAUGGUCAGGAUAGAGGAGAAAAAGGUCAACAUUCAUCCUUCUAUUUUUCAAUUCCUGCAAUUUGUAGAUUCUGACAAGGUGUCAGGGAGCCUGUUUAGGGCAAAUAAAAUUAAAGCCGCCUAUGAACUUACACAUGAUUCUAUAGCUUUGGUAGGAUAUUGUCCAGAAGGCCUCUUAAAAGCAGAGGAACAAAUAAAUAAAUGCUUGACUCAUGAACGCAUUAUAUUGAAGGACCAGGAACUCAUCCACAGAAAGCAAUGGAAAGAAUUAAUUAAGCAUCUGCAGAAGCAAAACAAUUCUGUUGAAGAAAGUGUAAUAAUUGACGACUGGGUUGAUUUCGAUGGAGACGCUGAAAUUAUUGUGGCUGGUUAUAAAAACGUUGUAGCAGAUGUCUACCAGCAACUUUCCGAUUUUGUUGAAAGAAACACCCACAUGCACACAGUGAUUCCUGCCAAGUCAGUGGCUAUGGUGCAGUUUAUAGAGGAGGAAAACCGGAAGAUUUGGAGUGAUUUAAACAAGAAGGGCCUGAGAAUUAAUUUUGGACUCCUGCCAAAACAGAAGAACAUUGUCUUGAGUGGACCCAAAGGAGUAGUGACUGAGGCAGCAGUGAUGGUGGAACAAAUGCUGUCUUCGCUGUACUCUGUGAAUGUGGUGUUUGAUAAACCUGGAGUGAAAGACUUUUUCAAAAACCAAGAGCAUCACUAUGUUAACCUAGUAAAAAUGGAAUUCAGCUGUUUGAUCAGAUUGCAAAGAGAUGAUGAGAAAAAUGGAGGUUCUGCGGGAAAUGUAGAACACCUUCAAACCAAGGUAAACUUAAAAAAUGGCGUGGUAAUAGAGGUCUGUAUGGGAGAUCUGACCUGUUAUCAAGCUGAUGUCGUGGUCAAUGCAUCAAAUGAAACACUAAAGCACAUUGGUGGCCUUGCCAAUGCUUUGCUAAAAGCGGCUGGCCCACGGUUACAAGAUGAAUGUGAUGAUUUCAUAAAGAAACAUGGAGAUCUGAAGCCCGGCUGCGCAGUAAUCACAGGAGCUUGGAACUUGCCGUGUAAACAGGUGAUUCAUGCUGUUGGGCCAAGGUGGACCAGUGCCAACAAAGAAAACUGUAUACAACUAUUAAAGAAAGCUGUAAGGGAAAGCUUAAAACUGGCAGAAAAAUCCGGUCAUCGCUCCAUAGCUAUACCUGCCAUAAGCUCUGGGAUUUUUGGAUUCCCAAUAAAAGAGUGCACUCAUUCCAUUUUAACAGCCAUUAAGGAAACCUUAGAAGAAUUUUCUAAGAAUGGCAGCCUGAAACAGAUUUGUUUGGUAGAUAUGACCCCCCAAACAGUUCAGGCUUUUUCUGAUGCAUUACACAAAGUGUUUAAAAGUGGACCACCCCAGCCCACACCACUGUCUUCCCUAUCAGUCGGUCAACUUUUGGAGUGUGAAGAAGAUCUUGUAGUGAUUUCUGAUGAAGGUCUGAAACUUACCAUAGAAGAAAAAAGCAUUGAAGAUGCUACGACGGAUGUUAUUGUAAGCACUGUUGGUGAAGAUCUAAAGCUUGGCGUAGGCCCACUUUCAAAAGCUGUGCUGCAGAAGGCUGGAGUUGAGCUUCAAGAUGAGUUCCAUCAAAUGGUCCAAGAUCAAGGAGUCCAAGGCAAUUGUCUAAUUCAAACCCAUGGGCAUAACCUUGCCUGUGUUUUCUUGUUCCACGUUGUAGUUCCACAGUGGGAUGCAGGAAAAGGGAAUGCAACCAAGAAACUUAAAAAUAUUAUGAGAAAUUGUCUGGAAAGGGCCGAAAUGUUGUCGUUAAAGUCUAUCUCAUUCCCAGCCAUCGGAACUGGAGGUUUUAAUUUUCCAAAUCAUGAGGUAGCUAAAUGUAUGUUUAAUGAAAUACUUACGUUCAGUAGAAAGAAUUUCAAGUCCCUUCAGAAAGUUCAUGUUCUCCUACAUCCAAAAGAUAAAGAGAAUAUAAAGGCAUUUACAAAGGUUUUUCGAUCGGGGAUUGAUGAUAUUUUCAAGGCUGUGCCACCGAGCAAUGAAGAAAUGGCAGUCACAGGUUCUUUCGGAUCCCUUUCUACCUCAGCUUCAGGGAGUAAUGAAAUGCAGAUUGGAUCCAUUACCUUUCAGUCAGCGACAGGAAAUAUUGUCGUGGAAAACACAGAUGUCAUUGUGAAUGUGACCAAUGAAAACUUUACAUCCAAAGCAGGUGUCUCCAAAGCAAUUUUGGAAGCUGCUGGACCUGAAAUUGAAGCAGAAUGUGCAAGACUUGCUUCGCAGCCUCACAAUGGAUUUGUAACUACCCAGAAUGGCAAAUUAUCCUGUAAAAAAAUUAUCCACCUGGCUCCUUACUCCAGCAUCAAAACUGAGGUCUCCAAAGUGCUUAAGGAAUGUGAAGAAAAACAGUAUGCCUCUGUAGCCUUCCCUGUAAUUGGAACAGGUCAGGGAAGAAGGAGUCCUGACGAAGCAGCCGAAGAUAUUAUUGAUGCAAUCGCUGACUUUGCAGGAAAAGAGUUGCCUAGAUACUUGAAACUUGUUAAAGUUGUUGUCUUUCAGCCACAUAUGCAAAAAUCCUUUUCCACCAUUUUGGAAAAUAAAAAAGGACAGGCAUUGCCCACUUCUGAAUCUAUGUUUUCUAAGUUUAAAGCGUUUCUAACUGGUGGGAAGUCACUUGCUAAAAAGAAAAAUUUUAUAGCAUUGGAGAAGAAGAUUGAGACAUCAUCAUUUGAUUUAUGUGGCAAAAGCAGGGAAAAAGUGGAAGAAGCUGAAGCCUGGCUAAGGAAAUUGGUUUUCAAGGAACAGACAGAAAAUCGCAUUGUUGAUGACUUGAUAGACAUUUUUGCUGAUGCUGAAAUCAAGAGACUGAAUGAUCUCCAGAAAAGAUUGCAUAUUGUCAUUCAUCUGAACAAGAUGGAGUCUCCUCCUUUUAUUUUGGUAUCUGGUUUCCCCCGGGAUGUCCUCACUGCUUUCACAGAAAUUCAGAACCUUUUAAAAGCACUUAAAGCUGACCAGGAAAAAAAAUCCAAGGCAGAACUUGCUCAAGUUUUGGUUGAGUGGCAGUAUUGUGCAAAGGGAAAUGUCUUUGUUGCUUUUGAUUCAUUAAGUAACCUUGAUUUAGAAGAUGCUAAAAUCAGCAAAAAGAAACAAAUUCAGGUCCAAAUUCAGGGACAGAACUACAUAGCCGACUUGAACAAGAUGUGUAUUGUAAAUAGCCAAGGAGAAAAUAUGAAAAUUAAACGUGUUGUGAAGGAUGAAGGCAAACUAUUAGAACACCUUCCUGAACAGUGGGAAGAUAUGAAAGGAAGCCAUGCCAAAUUGGUUCCACUACAGCCUACAGCAGGAGAAUAUAAGGAUAUUGAAAAAAAAUUCCGGAUUGGCUGCCCUAACGUCACAAUUGAAAAGAUCGAAAGGGUGCAGAAUCCUUACCUCUGGCAAGCCUAUCAAGUCAAGAAAAAGCAAAUAGAGACACAAAAUGGCCACGAAAACAACGAGAAGAUCCUUUUCCACGGGACUCCCAGUUCCACAAUGGUGCCAAUUUAUCAGACUGGCUUUAACCGCAGUUAUGCUGGAAAGAAUGCUGCAGUGAUUGGUAAUGGGACCUACUUUGCUAUCAACUCAAACUAUUCUGCGCAGGACACAUACUCCACUCCAGACCAAAAUGGCAGAAAAUAUAUGUAUGUUGCCCGUGUUCUGACCGGAGAUUAUUGCAUUGGCAGAUCAGGACUGAUUACAGCACCAUCCAAAAAUAAAGGUGGAUUUGACUUAUAUGACAGUGUAACAGACAACAUGAAUCAACCAUCGAUGUUUGUUAUCUUUCAUGAUUCUCAGGCUUAUCCAGAAUAUCUAAUUACUUUUAGAAGAUAAGUCAAUAGGCAAAAGAUGAUUUUUUUCCUUUUCCUCUCACAUUAAAGGCAAGUAAUUUGUAUGAACCUUUUUAAAAUACUUGUCACUUGAAUCUCAAUUCAGUAUUUAGUUCCUCUCUGGAGAAGCAAAGAAUAAAAUAAGAAUAAAAUCCAGUAGAGAUCAGAAAAUGAUGUUCAAGAGAGAGAAGGUAGAACAUGAAGACUUUCUGGAUAGAGAAUCUUCAUGAAGGAAAUGGUAGAACUAAGCAUUCCAAUCUUAUAAAUACAAUGAAGAUAGAUAAUCCGCGACUUAAGGAAUAAUUUGAAGUCUACUUAACUCACACUAAUCAGAUUUUCAGACUGUCCCUUUCAGUUUUAAUGAAAGUCAUUUUGCACACCAAAUGAAAGAAAACAAUGGGUGUUUUUUCUAGGGGAGACACUGAUGCUUGAAACUGCCAAAUCAGUGUUUUCUCUUAAUUCUGUUUUUCUGGUGGCUCUACCCAUUCUUCUGAAUUCUGCACUUUGCUCUCAUGCCAUUUUCCAUGUCCUCCACCAAUGUAUCUUUGUUUUCUAGGUCCAUUCAGCACCUAUUUCUGCAUGCUCAAAAACUGCAUUUCCCUCUGGUUACGAGCAAGUUACGAACAAGAAUGUUUAAAAUUUAUUUCUGGGAAAAUGGUUAGCAACACCGAUCAAAUAUGCCUAUUAUUUCUUGACAAGGUAGUAAGAAACCAACACUCAACUGUGAAGUUGAGAAAACUUGGGAGUAGUUUCCAUCUCAUCCUUAAUCUAAGUUGUUUUUGGUAUGCAGAAGAGAACAGCUUGUGAGAAAUUUUACUAUCAAAUGGUGUUAAAAUAAGUGUUGUGCUUUAUAACAUUGUAUCACACUGAAAACCAGUGGAUUCACCCUACAGCCACAAAUUGGUUAUGUCAGUUACAGAAAGCUGGUGGUUUUUUUGAAAGGACUUGGGAGCUCACAAAGUAGCCAUAGAACUGUAGUUGUUUUCAGAAAUUGCCGGAAAGAACCACAUCUACCUGAUAAAUUUCACGAGUCAGAAAGUAGUAGCCAAAAAGAGCCAGAAAAGUCAGUUUCCCAACUCCAGAAAGGAGCUGCCGCCUCUGGUUGGUUUUCCUCACCUCCAUUUAGAAAUAUAACAAAGUGAUGUCAGCUCUCUCAUCCUGCCGGAUGAUGCCACAUCUAAUAAACUAGGAUUAUCUUGCCCUAUAUAUGGAAGUGCCUGCAUUUAUAAUCUUUCUAAGAAUUACCUCUUGUCAUUUAGUCUAAUAAACGUUUUCUAGAAAAAAAUGUGUGCUUCUAUCUUCAUGGUUAUUCCUGGACCACAUGUGACAGCUUUAGGGGAGAUUUUAGGGUUUAAACCAGAGUUCAGUUGGGAUAGUCUUCCAGAGUUUUCAUUUCCUUAAUUGGCCAUGCUGAGGAGAAGCUGGCUGGGAAGUUGCAAAUAGCACUCACAUGACCCUAGUACUCUGCAACUACAUUUUGACCAAAUGGGGGAUGCUAGGGUGGUUGUGUGAGAACUGGUCAUUUUUUUCAGUGCCACUGUAAGCUUGAAUGGUCAUUUUUUUUUUUAAAUUUACAUUUAUAUCCCGCCCUUCUCCGAAGACUCAGGGCGGCUUACAGUGUAUAA